AUUACUUGUCUAGGAUUUUUUUAACAUUUUUUUUCUAUUUAAUUUCUUUCCUCAAAAAUAUAUCCAUUUAUUCAUUUUUCAUUUCCUGCUUUUUUUACAACAAAAAAUAUAUAAAUCCUCGCUAAUUACAUUUAUUUGAUGUCAUUUUCCAUUUAAUUUUUUUUCUAUUUACUUGCACACAUUUUUUUUCAUUCGUCCAGUUUUUUUUCUGAAAAUUGUUUUAGAAAAAUUAUGCGCAUUAUUAAUUGUAUUUAUUCUCUUUUUUCUUUUUUAAUUAUUUUACCUCUAAAAAAUUCUCAUUUUUUUGAAUAUUUUAUCUUUUAAUUGAGUUUGAGUUUUAUGUGUUAGUCCGCAAAUGUUGUGCGCAAAAAAAUUUUUUUUUUUAAUUUUUAAAAUUUUUUAAUCUUUUUCAAUUUUUAAAAGCACUAAAAAUUUUUUAUUCAUAUCUGUUCUUUCCUUAGAGUUUUUUUUAUUUUUCUCUUGAAAAAAUAUUUUUCUAUCAGGUGUGUUCAUGUUUGUCCGCAAAUUUUUUGUCCGCAAAAUUUUUUUAUUUUUUUAUUUUUUAAUUUUUAAAACUUUCAAAAAAAUUUUUUCAAGUCUGUCCUUUCCUCGAUUUGUUUUUCUUUUAUUUUUUUGUCGAAAAAAAUUUAUUUUCUAUCAAGUGGAAUCGAACCUUGCUUCUUUUUCUUCAGUAAACCAAACAUUUUCCCACUACACCAAAACAUUCUUUUUAGGGAAACUUGCUAGGGGUGGUCAGUUUUUGUGUUUAUUUAAGCAAACAAAUAAUAGAUUAAUUCUUUUGGGUCCUUUCCUUUAUUUUUAA